GGUUUCCCAUCCCUAAAAAGAAAACGCCAUCAUCAACGAACAGUGAAAGCACCUCGUUCAACUUCGCAAAAAAACGCGAUAAUUUUGGAAACUUAUAUAUAUUUAUUUACAGAAAUUACAAUUCGCGGUAGGUAAAGAAAACGUACAAUGUCCGGAGGAAGAAGAGUGCCGAUCAACGAGGAUCUAUCGAAUGUGGAGUUCGAAACCAGCGAAGAUGUCGAAGUGCUACCGACUUUCAACUCAAUGGGUCUUCGUGAGGAACUGCUGCGCGGUGUUUAUGCUUACGGUUUCGAAAAACCAUCGGCCAUUCAACAACGUAGCAUUCUACCAAUCGUUAAAGGACGCGAUGUAAUUGCUCAGGCCCAGUCUGGUACGGGUAAAACAGCGACAUUUUCUAUUGCUAUCCUGCAAUCAAUGGAUACGACCUUGCGCGAAACACAGGUUCUCUGUCUGUCACCCACACGUGAAUUGGCAGUCCAGAUUCAAAAGGUUAUAUUAGCAUUAGGAGAUUUUAUGAACGUACAAUGUCACGCGUGUAUCGGUGGAACAAAUCUUGGUGAGGACAUCCGCAAGCUAGACUACGGUCAACACGUAGUCAGUGGCACACCAGGACGAGUGUUCGAUAUGAUAAAGCGCCGAGUUCUACGAACAAGAUCUAUCAAAAUGCUCGUGUUAGACGAAGCGGACGAAAUGUUGAACAAAGGUUUUAAAGAACAAAUUUACGAUGUUUACCGGUACCUUCCCCCAGCUACUCAAGUGGUGCUUAUAUCUGCAACACUUCCUCAUGAAAUUCUAGAAAUGACCUCCAAAUUUAUGACGGAUCCUAUUCGAAUUUUAGUUAAACGUGAUGAACUGACAUUGGAAGGUAUCAAGCAGUUUUUCGUCGCAGUGGAACGAGAGGAAUGGAAAUUCGAUACAUUGUGCGAUUUGUAUGAUACAUUAACCAUCACCCAGGCGGUCAUCUUUUGCAACACCAAACGUAAGGUGGAUUGGUUAACGGAAAAAAUGCGCGAAGCCAAUUUUACAGUUAGCUCGAUGCACGGUGACAUGCCACAGAAGGAGAGAGAUGAGAUCAUGAAAGAGUUCCGCUCCGGACAAAGUCGUGUUCUCAUUACGACCGAUGUAUGGGCUCGCGGUAUCGACGUACAGCAGGUUUCGCUGGUUAUUAACUACGAUUUACCGAACAAUCGAGAAUUGUACAUUCACCGUAUCGGUCGUUCAGGUCGAUUCGGGCGCAAGGGUGUGGCGAUAAAUUUUGUCAAAAGUGACGACAUAAGAAUUCUACGAGACAUUGAACAAUAUUACUCGACGCAGAUUGACGAGAUGCCAAUGAACGUGGCAGAUUUGAUCUAAAGAUAAGCUUUUUCUAUUAUAUAUUCUCAUUCUUGAAAUAGUUCUAGAGGGUCAUAGUACCAUCAUUAUUUGAUUUUUUGGAGACAUUCAUGCACUUAUAAUCAAUAUAAUAGCUGUCACCAACAUGAAAAUACAAAGAAAAUAAAAACAAACAUACUUUCAAAA